AUGGAUCAAAGGCUCUCCAGAUGCAGCUGGGUGCCGGUGACAGGGCUUGUUAUCUCUCUGCUUCUGUGCGCCUGUGUGGUGGACUUGGUGCUGGCUCAAAUUCGCUACUCCAUUCCCGAGGAGCUGGAGCACGGAGCCUUCGUAGGCAACAUUGCGGAGGACCUGGGCUUGGAUGUGGCCAAGUUGUCCGCGCGUCGCUUCCGAAUCGUGUCAGGGGCCAAGAAGCAAUAUUUAGAGGUGAACUUGGAGAACGGAAUUUUGUUUGUGAAUGAAAAAAUAGACAGAGAGGAGCUUUGUGAGCGCAGCCCCAGCUGUUUUUUACAUCUGCAAGUUGUCAUCGAAAAUCCUUUAGAGCUCUACAGAGUGGAAGUGGAGAUUUUAGACGUGAAUGACAACUCCCCCAGUUUCCCUUGGAGCGAAUUUAACAUAGACAUUACGGAGUCGGCUGCGCCCGGCUCCUGCUUUCCGUUAGAGAGCGCGCAAGACUUGGACGUGGGCACUAAUUCUCUGCGCUCCUACCAACUUGGCGCAAACGAACACUUCAUUCUCAACAUCCAGACGCGCAACGACGGAAGCAAGUUUGCGGAGCUGGUGCUGGACAACCCUUUGGAUCGGGAGCGCCAGAAAAAGCACGAGAUGGUUCUGACAGCCUUUGACGGGGGUUCGCCGGAACGCUCCGGAACCGCUUUGAUCACCAUCACGGUGCUCGACGCGAACGACAACGUCCCCGUUUUUGACCGCUCUGUGUACCGGGCCAGACUAGUGGAAAAUGCGCCGAGGGGGACGCUCGUGCUGAAGCUGAACGCCACCGAUUUGGACGAGGGCUCGAACGGGGAGGUGACGUACGCCUUUAGCGGACACGCGCCUCUCAAAGUGCGCGAGUUGUUCAGCGUGGAUCCGUACACGGGAGAGAUCCGCGUAAAGGGUGUCGUGGACUACGAGAACGCGAACGUGUACGAGCUGUACGUGCAAGCGAGGGACAGGGGACCCUCGGCCGUGGCCGUACACAGCAAAGUGCUGAUCGACAUCGUGGAUGUGAACGACAACACCCCCGAAGUAAUCCUCACGUCCGUGUCCACGCCCGUGCAGGAGGACGCACCGCCGGGCACCGUUAUCGCCGUUAUCAGUGUCAUGGAUCGGGACUCGGGGGAAAACGGGAACGUGGACUGUCAAAUCCCCAACAACGUUCCCUUUCAGCUGCACUCCUCUUUUAAAAACUAUUACACACUGGUGACGAGUGAGGUUUUGGACAGGGAAGUGGUGUCCGAGUACAACAUCACACUCACGGCGCGUGAUUUGGGCUCCCCGUCGCUUUCCACGAGGAAAACGAUCGUGGUACAAGUAUCUGACAUUAAUGACAACCCCCCACGGUUUUCACAGCCGUCCUAUACUGUCUAUGUGACCGAGAAUAACGCCCCGGGCGCUUCCAUUUGCACCGUAACUGCCUUCGACCCCGAUUCCAACCAGAACGCCUAUCUGUCUUAUUCUAUUCUCGAGGGUCAAAUUCAGGGCAUGCCCGUGUCCACGUACGUGUCCAUUAACUCCGAUAAUGGCAACAUUUACGCACUGCGCUCCUUUGAUUACGAGCAACUUCGAAACUUUCAUAUUCUCGUGCAAGCGCAGGACGCAGGUUUUCCACCGCUGGCCAACAACGUGACUGUUAAUGUUUUUGUUUUGGACCAGAAUGACAACGCGCCAAUCAUUGUGUCCCCGCUGCCCAAAAACGGCACCGUUGCCACGGAGGUGGUGCCCCGCUCUGUUGAUGCCGGUUAUCUGGUCACCAAAGUAACAGCGCUGGACGCAGACGCGGGGCAAAACUCGCGGCUGUCCUAUCAGGUGAUGCAAGCGACAGACCCGGGGCUGUUCAGCGUGGCGCUGUACACGGGAGAAAUUAGGAGCAUUCGUCGACUGGUGGACAAAGACGCAUCCAGACACAGACUGGUUAUACUGGUGAAAGACAACGGGCAGCCUCCUCUCUCCGCCACCGUCUCCGUUGUCCUGACGGUGGUGGACGGCAUCCCCGAGUCCUUAUCCGACCACGGAGACCUCACGCUCAGCCCCCAGCCCCCCUCUAACCUCGCCCUCUAUUUGAUCGUCUCACUCAGUACCAUAUCUUUUAUCUUCCUCGUUGCCAUCAUCGUCCUGGCUGCGGUCAAGUGCUACAAAGACCGGGAGACCCUGAGUGGCUACAAUCUGCCCCCUUUCGCGUGCUGCUGCUGCGGCGGCUUUCAGCCCGAGCCUCCCCCGGAGGUGUUCAAAAAAUCCAACCUCAACCUGCAGAUUUCCUCCACAGCGAAUAAGGUGCCCACCAACUGCAUGGAAGUGAACGGAAGCAGCAGCCUGACUCAGCCUUAUUGUUAUAAAGUGUGCUUGAGCCCAGAAUCGUCCAAAAGUGACUUCAUGUUUUUGAAGCCGUGCAGCCCGACCAGCACGCCGCGCAACAACGAGGCCAAGAGCGCGGAACAUUCGUGGGGCGCAUCUGUCAACAACGGAGCGACCACCCCUAAUGAGCUGAAGCAGCCAAACACAGACUGGACUCUCACAAAGAACCAGCACUCCUCCAUCAAAAGUUACAAUUCCAUCAACAUGGAUGGAACUCUAAUGCGUAAGGCCAUGCAUGCCGACCCGGAAAACUACGUCACGUCCAUGGCUCCUGGACAGUACUGGACUUGGGCCACUCAUAUGAGAGGCACAAAGGGUACGACAAGACAAACUGAACACUAUAAAAUGUCUCCAUCACCCAGCGGCGUUACAUCCCGGCCCUGGACUCCUCAGUGCACCCCUCCGCUCCAGCAGCAGCAACCUACUAACCCCCCACACCCUCACCCACACCCGCACCCGCCGCCUGACUACCAUCACAACGUGUACAUUCCCGGGACACCGUCAGGCUUUUGCACCCUGAGGCCUGUGGCACAGCGUAGCGACUUGGACGUCCAUAACUCCUUCUCCACCUUUGGCAAGAAGCGGCGCCUCCAGAUGUCCCCCCAGGGGGAGGCUGCCAUGAUCAAUAACGAUCUGUACAAUGACUGACGUCCCACUGACUGCCUGAGUGGAUAGUUUG